AACAGUCAGCCAUGGAAACCAUUAGAACCUCCUCUAUUCCAUCAUUUCACGUCCCAGCUUCACUCGACAGAACCCAAAUUCUUGAAUUCCCAGUUUAAUACAUUACCAACAUCAUCUUUCUCAAGAAUUCAAACGAACAUAUCAAAAUUCAAGCUUUUCACCACCGCAUCAUCACCAUCCUCUGUUUCAACAGAAUCCAUUCAACCACCUGAGCCAGAGUUUGAAGCUGCUUCCCAUGGAGAGAAGUUUGAUUGGUAUUCUCAGUGGUAUCCAGUUAUGCCAGUUUGUGAUCUGGACAAGAGGGUGCCACAUGCAAAGAAGAUGAUGGGCCUUGAUGUGGUGGUUUGGUGGGAUAGGAAUGAGAGUGCCUGGAAGGUAUUUGAUGAUACUUGUCCUCAUAGAUUGGCCCCAUUAUCUGAAGGAAGAAUUGAUCGGUGGGGGAGGUUGCAGUGUGUUUACCAUGGUUGGUGCUUCAAUGGCUCUGGAGACUGCAAGUUUAUCCCCCAAGCACCACCAGAUGGUCCUCCUGUACACACAUUCAAGAAAGCAUGUGUAGCAGUUUAUCCCAGUACAGUGCAUCAUGAUAUUGUGUGGUUUUGGCCUAACACUGAUCCUCAAUACAAAGAUAUUAUUAUGAAGAAAAAACCUCCCUCUAUCCCAGAACUGGAUGAUCCAUCAUUCACAAAGUUAAUGGGAAAUAGAGAUAUUCCGUAUGGGUAAGUGAAAAUAUCAUCUG